AAUGAACCCCGUUUUGUUGCAAAAACAGUUACGAGACAAUGCCGCGGACCUCAACGACUUUUACAAGGAGCUAAAAUGCUGGGGCGAAGACAUGAAGAAAAAAGAAGAGUCUCGUCAGACAGCCCCCAUGAAAAAGCCUGCUGUUAAUGGUAAAGUUGACGGUCAGAUCGUCAAGAAGAAAAAAACAAUUAAAGAAAAAAUUAAAACCAAGAUAGGUUAUACCGAUUAUCAGGCUUGGGAUAAGUUUGAUGCCGAUGCAGAGUGUGAAAAAAUGGACUAUAGCGAAAACGACGAGUCCGAAUUAACUGAUGAAUGUGACGAAACGACCAGAGAUGAGGCUUACUUGGAGAAAGACAAAGGCAACAAAUUUGUGAAAGACAAAAAAUGGGAGCAGGCAAUUGAAUGCUACACCAAAGCCAUCGAUUUGUAUUCCUACGACCCUAUUUUUUACGCCAACAGGGCACUAUGUUUCUUGAAAAUACAAAAUUACGAAAAGGCUGAAUCAGACUGCACCCUGUCAUUAAAAUUGGACCAAACCUACGUCAAGGCCUACCAACGGCGGGCCGCAGCCAGAGAAGCGCUAAAUAAACUACAAGACGCUAAAUCAGAUCUUUUGAAAGUUUUAGAGUUGGAACCGAAAAAUAGUGAGUCAAAAACGAGUUUAGAAAACUUGAAGAAAAAACUCGCUUUAGUUGAAAAGCCUGUGGAGACUUCCCAACGUCCAGUUUCGAAAUUUACAGCGUCCAGAAACAAGAAUUUGUGCAAAGUUGUAAAGCAAGAAAAUAAUAACGAGUCAGAACCGAUUAUUUUGGUUAAAACAGUCAAUAAACCCGUUCAUUUGCAAUCGAAAAAACCUUUGAAACGAAUCGAAAUUCAGGAAAUUUCUGAAAUUGAGUCGUUUCCGAAAGUGGACGAACCAAAUGUGACUCUGAAAACUGACGAUUUGAAGGUUGUUGAGAGGCAGCCGCUUGGACAGAAUGUGCAUGAAAUUAAAGAAAGUAAAGAUCAGAGAAAUAAUAUUAAAAUGGAACUUUCUGUUCCCCACAAUUCCGUACAAUUUUAUUCGUCUUGGAGGCACUUGAAAACGCUUGAUUUUAAAUACGAGUAUUUGAAAUUGAUAAAUCCCGAAAAUUUGCCUCUCAUUUUCAAAGAAUCGUUGGAAAGUAGCGUCUUUAGUGAAAUUUUGGAAGUGUUAACUAAGUGUUUUAUUGAGAGAGGAGAUGAUGUUUUCGACUUUUUGAAAUAUUUUACACAAAUCAGGAGGUUUUCAGCUAUUAUCAUGUUUCUGAGUGUUAAUGAUAAAAACUGUUUACGUAAACUGAUUGAUUACACCAAGGAACGCGGAAAUUAUGCAAAGGAUGACAUAGACUUAUUAUUUCAAACGUAUGAGCUCUUUAAUUAGGUUGCUUCAAAUUUAUUAAUAAAUAAUUAAUUGUACUUUA